AUGGUUGAGACAAAAAGGAGAGAUCGUCCAUAUUCCGGUGAAAAAAUGCAUACAGUAGUGGAUGAUUUCAUUCAAUAUUUAUGUUCUCUUGUCAUUGUACAAUGGAUUCUUGACAUAUAUAAUGGAAUCAAAUAUAGCAGUAAAAACCUGGAGAAAACACUUGAUAAAGUUGAAGAAGGAUUCAUAGUAGCUUAUGUUCAUUUACUGGAUCUUUACAAUCGAUAUCAGCAAACUAAUGUGAAUCGUAUGUUUAUAUCAUGUGAAUUGGAUCAAGGGAAGUAUUUAUUGGAAAGUGUGCUUACAUUUGGUCUGGGUAUUAUCGUGAUAAUGAUACAACUUAAUCUAACACUCUUAGUCGCUAUAAUUACUAUGCUCUUCAACGCUUUACUGAGUGGAAAAGAAGCAUUUGAGCAGGCUUCCAGAUCAACAUCGAAGGCACAAGCAACAGCUCGACAAGUGGUAACUGAUUUAUCUGAAAAAGUGAGGCAAAUUUCGCGAGUUUCAACGGAAAAAGUUGAGGAACAAGCGAAUCGUAUUUUGGAUGAGGCAAACAGGAUAGCCCAUUCAACAAUGGGUGUAUCACCGGAAAGCGAUGAUACUGAAAAAACACCUUGGAAUCGUUUCCAGAAUCUCAGUCAUCGUAUCAUAGAAAGUUCGAAGAACUGCGUUGGAGGACUUUAUUGGAUGCAAUUUGAUGCACAAAGCAUUGUAGAAUGCUUGAGUACUUCCAUUUCACUGGCUGAUAUUGUACGUAAAAAUAAAUCAUGGGUUGCUGGUAAGGUUGGAGAGUUGCGGACAUCACUAGAUGAACUGAAAGUAUCUUUGGAGAUGGAAGGACAACGUUUAAAGAAGGAUCCCGAGGAAAUAUUAAUGCACUAUUUGCAACGAACUUCAUCUAUUUUAGCUGAGCGACUCCGCAUGUUGGAAAAAACAACUGGAAAAUUUUCGAGUGAACAGGCUACAAAUAAACUUGUUACUCUAAUAUCUUAUAUUGAAAAAUUGAGUGAAAAGCUGGUAGAAGCUGACAAUGUACAUGAAUUGAAAGAUGAAGUCCUCAAGGAAGCACAUGACCGUCUAGUUGAUUUGCUGCAGUGGUUAACAGAUCACAUAGACUACAAUGAUAGUACGCAUACAGAAAAUAUGGAAUCGGUCAAUGAUGAAUAA